CGGGCUCCAGCGCGGCGCAGCUGACACGCCGAGGUUCCGCCUGUGCGGGGAGUUUCCAAGCCCGAUCCACCCGGCACUUUCGGCGGUGCAUGUCAUGCCCACUCGUGACAAUGGUCCCACGGCAAUUGUUCAGUGGACGCCAUAUAACCCUUUGUGCCCGCACCUCGACUGUGCCCACACUUGCAAUCCAGACCCUCAAGCAUCCUCGCAAACACACCCUUUGAUAUCUCAGCCGCACGAUAGCACCUGCUCGCCCGCCAUGGAGUCCCUCACCAAGAAGACCAUCGCCGAGAACUCGCGCGGCAUGACCUACACGUACUACACCUCGGACCCGUCCACCGUCAACCCCUCCCAGCCCACCCUGCUCCUGGUCCACGGCUUCCCCGACGAGGCCUACAUGUGGGAUGCUGUGGUCGCCCAGCUCGCACCCAAGGGCUACCGCCUCAUCGUCCCGGACAUGCUCGGCUACGCGGGGACCUCGAAGCCCACCGACCCUUCGGCAUACCGGUUCAAGCACAUUGCCGCCGACCUCGUCGACAUCCUCGACGCCGAGGCUGUCGGCAAGGUCGUCUCCAUCGGCCACGACUGGGGCUCGGCCGUCGCCCAGCGGCUGUAUCUCUGGCACCCGGAGCGCGUGCUCGCCCUCGUCAUGCUCAACGUGGCCUACAUGCUGCCCGACCCGGAGAACCCCUUCGACCUCGCCAAGGUCAACAAGAUGAUGGAGCAGAUCUUUGGGUACCCGAUCAUGGCGUACCAAGAGUUCCUCGCCUCCGAGCGCGGACCCAAGAUCCUGAGAGAGCACGCCGACAGGGUGUACCUGGGCUCCCACCUGAAGGGGGACAACAGCAUGAGGGACAUUUUCUGCGUCCCCGGCGCGAUCGAGAAGUUCCUCCUCAGCACCGACGACGACUCGUCGUCAGACCUCUCGGCCGUCAAGCCCUACGCGCAGAACGCCGAGGUGCGAGACCGCUUCGUGCAGCGCCUCCAGCGCGACGGGUUCGACGGCCCCGUCAACUACUACCGCGUGUUCCACGCCGACACGCAGCGCCUCGACGAGAUCCAGGAACUCACCCCGGACAGGUUCGUCGUCAACGUGCCCGCGUUCUACAUCGCGUGCACCAAGGACGCCGUCUGUCGGCCCGAGAUGAUCGGAACCCCGCUGGACAAGGGGAUGCUGCCGGAUUUUGACUCGCUGGUGCUCGACUGUGGACACUGGUGUCCACUGGAGAUGCCUACCGAGGUUGCCGAGGGGAUCGAUGGGUUUGUUAGCAAGAAACUUGCGGGCGCGGCAACGGCGUAAAUGUGGUUGUGGGUCGACUAAGACAGAAGACACGCAGGGCAAAUAGUGCUUAGUUCUGCUUCAUACCCAGAAA